CCAUAAUCCCAUUUCCCAAUCAUUAUAUGAGUGGAAAAACAACCAAAUUAUUGUCCACCAUAAAAUGAGAUCACCCAAUUACAAAAUUCCCCACUCCAUGGAAUUACAAUUAACCUCUUCUCUCAAUCCCACAACCCUUAAUUACAUUUCUUCAAAUUCAAAUUUAAAUUCAAAUUCCAUGGUCAUCUCUUACAGAGAAUGCCUUAAGAAUCACGCCGCCACUGUCGGCGGCCACGCCCUCGACGGCUGCGGCGAGUUUAUGCCUUCCGCUACCUCCACACCCACCGAUCCCACUUCUUUAAAUUGCGCCGCCUGUGGUUGUCAUCGGAACUUCCACCGCCGUGAACCGGACGACCCUUGGCCUAACCGUCGUUACUACCCAUAUCGGCUCUGUGCACCGCCGUCGCCGAGGUCGAGCCCAAUCAAAUCGCAAAGCCCAUCCUCGCCGAUCCCUCUACCAAUUUCGCAUAUCCCACCGCCAGUCCAGUUCUCCGGCCCCCCCAUGUUGGUGGCAUUGACCACCGGAGCGCAUGCGGAGGAGGAAUUGAGGCGAAAACAGAGGAAGAGAAAGAGGACGAAAUUCAGCGGGGAGCAGAAGGAAAAAAUGCAAUUAUUCUCAGAGAAAUUGGGAUGGAAAAUUGGGAAAAGUGAGGAAAGAUUAGUGCAGGAAUUCUGCAAAGAAAUUGGGAUCGGAAAGCGGGUGCUGAGAGUUUGGAUGCAUAAUAACAAAUACACGGGAGGAAAAACAGGGAAAAACAGAGCUUCUCAGAGUAGUGAAAAACAUGGUGGAAAUGACUCGAAACAGAGCACAUAGCAUUUGUUAAUCAUCAUCCAUAUCCGCCAUUAAUUAUUCCUUACUUUUCUUGUUUGUGAUGUUCAGUAAUUUAAGUGAAUGAUCUGAAGAUAUAAAAUUUGUUUGUGUUUGGAUGGAGAGUAAUGAAUUAAGGAAAGUGAGGGAGAUUUGUUAGGAUAUGCAAUCUGAAAUUUUGUUAGGAUAUGCAUAAACAUGUCUGUUGUCUCUCAACAAUCUCCUGCUCUACCCUACUGUUUCUUUGUUAUUGCUACACCUUUUCCUUUUACCUUUUCCAAUUUAUAUAUAUAUAUAUCUCAUGUAGCAUGGCUGCCCAAA